AUGAAACGAGCAGUAUGUCAGACGCUUUGGAAGCUUGUACAAAGGCAGACGUACACAUGCCUGUCGUCCCGAUAUGGAAUAUGGCUCUGUAUCGGAGGCAUGUUGUUGACCUUAAUCUCAGCAUUUCAGUUUGGGGAAGUUUUUCUCGAAUGGAGUAUGCAGAAGUAUGCAGUCACGUUUAAUGCUUACCACGAUAAUAUUCUUGGGAAUUCGUAUCAGAGCAGGCUUUGUCUUCCGUUACCGAUUGAUAUCGUGUAUACAUGGGUAAACGGAAGCGAUCCGAAGUUACUUGCAGACUUACAGAAACUCAAACUAGAAAUUGAACUCCAACAAAAUCGUACGAGAUUGAACGAAAUAGAAAAGAUGAGAAAGGAAACAAACGCUACAGACCAGGAAAUUCGUGAGCUUCUUGCUGCAAAAGCUGUAAAAUCAAAGGAGAAGGAGAAGAAGAACAAAGAAGGAGCAGCAAAAAGUGAAAAUAAAAUCGAGAACUCUCGCUGCCCAUUCGAAAAUUGCGUUCCUGCCUUUUGUGUUAUUGUAGAGAAUGGUCUCCCUGGAGACGUGCAGUUAUCACAAAUACGUGCGAUUGAUCCCUCGCUCGCGAAAGCAACUAAUUAUUACAACAUAUCUUCAUCUGGUUCAAAAAUAGAACACGUGGGUGUAAUUCAAUUCCGUGGAAAAAGCGACAUUAAUGACGCUUUGAAAGUUAAGAUCCGACUUCGGGAGAAGAGUUUUCAAAGUAAAGAAGGUUACUUUACAAGUGAUGCAUCACGGCCUAAUGCAGUUAACAGUGACAAAGAGAUCAUGAUUUUAAACUUAAAAGGAGAGAAUGAAGUUGAAAAGGUUAAGAGAGAUUUGAGAGACCACUUUGGAGACAAAUUUGUUAAUUUGAUUUUUCAUGCGGAUAAACUUAUUGGUGUGGCUUACUUCUCUGACAAGACCACCGCCUCUUCUGCUUUGAAAUUAACUUUGCAGGUGAAUGGUAAAUCUUUAACAUUAACCCCUGCACUGUUGAUCUGGGGUUCAUUUUCUGUAUCACAUGGCACAGAUACUGAGGACAAGGAAGAUGCUGACAUUUCUGCAAGUCGUUUUGCAGAUAAUGAAGAACUGAAAUAUUCUCUCCGUUCAGUUGAAAAACAUGCACCUUGGGUGCGAAAAAUUUUUAUUGUCACAAAUGGCCAAAUACCAUCUUGGCUCAACUUGGAUAAUCCACGUCUUAACAUAGUUACCCAUGAAGAGCUCUUUUUGAAUAAGAGCCAUCUUCCAACAUUUAGUUCUCCAGCUAUCGAGUCUCACCUUCACCGUAUUCCCGGAUUAUCCCCAAAGUUUAUAUAUCUCAAUGAUGAUGUUAUGUUUGCUGAUGAUGUUUGGCCAGAUGAUUUCUACACUCAUGCAAAUGGACAAAAAAUCUAUUUAACCUGGCCUGUCCCAAACUGUAAAGAAGGUUGUCCGUCCUCAUGGGUUAAUGACAAGUAUUGUGACAAGGCUUGUAAUGUGUCAGAAUGUGAUUGGGAUGGUGGUGAUUGUAUUGGAGUGAAAAGGAAGACGCAGUUUAAUUAUCAAGGAUGGCAAAGUCAACAUGGAAGUUAUCGCAUAAUGUUUUGUUCUCCAGGAUGUGCAGAUACAUGGGUUGGUGAUCGCUAUUGUGACGUAGCUUGUAAUGUUGCUCAGUGCGGUUUUGAUGCAGGUGACUGUGGAAUAUCACAGUUCAAUGAGUUGUAUCAUGUUGAUGUGAAUCAUGAUAGUCAAUCUGUCACUUUACCUCGUGGCAUUUCCGUGCUUUAUUUCAACAUUUCAACAUUUUUCAGUGAAGGAAGGGUCACCUCUGGUGAAUACUCUGAGAUGCGCUGUGUUCGUUCUGCUACUGUGGCUCAAAAAUUUAAAGUCUUUACCCUCACUUUGCGAGAUAACUUUACAGUGGAAGGUAUUCAUUUCAAAAUUGAAGGAUUUAUGGACAAGAAUGAAUCAAGAAAAGUGGUUGUGAACUUAAAUGUAACCAUAGACACAAGAAAGUUAGAGGAAAUCCAAAAAGUUCCAACAACAAACCCAAACAUCGGCAAAUUAAGGAUGACAACAACAACAACAGAGGUGACACCUUCUGCAAAUGUACAGACACUCCCAAGGACUAUUUAUCCAAUCAGAAUUCAGAAUGCUAAUAGAUCGCUGAAUUAUUGGGUGGUGGCUGGUAAUGAGUCAAUUACCAGACCAACAUGGCCUCCCUUAGCCAGUCAUGAAUAUGAGAUACCACACAUAUCAAAUGACACAGUUUUGCCAAAACAUGUUGAAAUCUCUCUGGAGGAGGUAGAGAAAGAGUACAAGAAUGGUGACCUGACACAGAGAGGUUAUGCAAGAAAGAAAGCUAAGAUCUUACAUGACUUUUUCAAUGUGGUUGCCACUGAACCAGCUCACUCACCAGUAGCUGUGUUAACUGCACCUUUCCCUAAAUCAGAAGUAGAGGUAACCCCUCCUGCAAAGUUACUCACAGGACAGCAGGUUUGUUACACCUUAGUAUGGGUUAGGUCCUUAUAAAGGGGGAGGGGGGGGAAUGGAAGGGAGCACAAGUUGUUUUGGCCAUCAAAACUCAUGGUCUUUUAUUGUCUUUAAUUUGAUUACAGUGAGUUUAUUCUUUGGAUUAAAAGCUUAUCUUGACAUUAAAAAGAAAAUAUGGUUGAUUCCAAUCCCUUAAUCCUUUAACUCCCAUGAGUGACCAAGACAGAAUUUCUCCUUACAAUAUCAAUCAGACAAUUGAUGAGAAUAAAGAGAAAUAUCAGUCAAAGUAUUAUUAGUUGAUCCAAUAACAAGUUCUCAAAACUAACAUCACAAGAACUGUAUGGCAGACAGUAAGGAGAAUUACUAAUGAGAUCUUGGGAGUUAAAGGGUUAAGUUUCCUUUUAAUUUUUGUUGUGCUGACUGUGAACCUUAGAGGAUUUUUGAUUUUUGUCUUUGCAUGCUAUUUAAAGGCAUUAGAAAUACUAUUUCACUUUGCUUAUGUAAUUCUAGUUUAGGCAAGUUUCAAGACUCCUCCAUUAUAACUUGCUUUACACUUAUUUACUCCUAGGAAAAUAGGAAAGACAAAAUAAUUGUUGAUUCUGAGCAUCAACGAAAUCAAGAAACAGAAUCACACACUCAGAGGAAGCUGUUAUCCUUGGAGGUGUCUGAAAUCGAAUCUCUUUUUGCUGAAAUUGGUGUAAAGAAAGAUCAAGCAACUGAGGAUGAGAUAUUCUUGGCUGACUGGAUUGCAAAUACAAAACAGAAACAAUUGUCAUUUGAAAAAGACCAAGUGGAGAGUACACAGCGGUGGAGAAGUCGUUAUGGACACUGGUCACCAAAAAUAUCCCAAAGUGUAACAAGUUUCCUCCCUUGGGAAAGGCACAAGACAUUUGAGGAGCUUCUGAAAUAUCAUGACAGGCAAAAGCAUUCACAAGAAUUCACAAAUGAUCACAAACCUGGUAGAAAAUUACUGGACACUUUUGCUGAUUCAUUGCUCCAUGUUCAUCGGAUCUAUAACCGUAAGUUUGGGUACAUGGGACGUAAAGUUCCUGCUCAUAUGCCGCACAUGAUUGAUGUAAAAAUCAUGGAAGAGCUGCAAUCUCUUUUGCCAGAAGAAUUUGACCAAACAUCCUCACAUAAGCUACGAAGCUCUGAGGACAUGCAGUUUGCAUUUUCUUACAACUAUUUUGUGAUUGGUCAAAAGAAGGAUCCAAACGUUACUGAGUUCUUUGCUGAUGUUGAUGCAGAUCACUCAGGUGUGUUGAAUAUGUUUAUUUGA